AAUUACCGAAAAUUCAUUGAGAAAAUGGAGCUCGAGUUAGGACUCAAGUUAACGAACGUCGCCGACGAGUUCGCCUCCGACUUUCGGAUCGCAAAGGACCGUGCCGGCCCCGUGUUCGUGUCUAGAGAAACGGACACCGCAUUCUUCCUCACUGCUCAUCUCAAAGGCUAUAAGAGAAGGAACAUAAAGAUCGACAUAAACGAAGACGGGAGCUUGAUCGGAAUAGGAGGCGAAAAGCAGGUGCAAGAGACCGUCAUGGUGGGGUGGAAAUUGUACAAGAAAGAGACAGAGACAAAGGGAUUCAAGAAAGUUUUCAGAAUUCCACAAGGGGUGAUUCUUGACAAGAUCAAGGCCACAUUCAACGACGACGAAUCAACUCUGUCGAUCACCAUGCCGAAGAAAGCCAAAGGAAUCCGCGGUGGCACUGCCAUUGAAGAAGUCAAGGAUAGGCCGGAGCUCGUCAGAGCGGGGUCUGGGAGCUUGCAGAUUGCAGACGAGAAGAGCGCCAUAGCAGAAAGUUCAAACAAGGGGAGAAUCGGAGAAGAUGGUGAAGAAGGUGACACGUGCAAGGAAGAAGAGGAAAAGCAGAGCAACAUAGACGAUGAGCAAGAAAUAAAAGAUGAACCGAAUACUUACAAGCACGAUGUUGAUGAAAGAUCGUAUGAAGGCAGAGCAGAGCCUUGUGCCAUUGAACCUUCUGAAGAAACUACAGAGGCAAAGCCUAGGGUGGGAGAGGAUGAUGAAGAGAGUCCUCGGGAGAAAAGGUUCAAAUUGUGUCUGCCCAUCGUUGCUGGUUCGACUCUACUUCUGACGUUUGUGGCGUUCGUCUUCCAAAUGAUACGAAGCAAGCACCAAACUAGCAGAAAGAGAGAUUGAAUCAGUUUCUGCAGAUUGUCAAUUUGUUUCAAGGAUUUAUUUCAAUUCAUUGCCAUACAAA